AUGGGAGUUGUUGACAAGAUUCGUGCCAUCGAGGAGGAGAUGGCCCGUACGCAAAAGAAUAAAGCUACAGAGCACCAUCUGGGUUUACUGAAAGGUAAACUGGCUCGUUACAGGCAGCAGUUGUUGGCUGAUGAAGCUGGAACUGGCCGUGGUGGUGGUACUGGAUUUGAAGUAGCGAAAUCCGGGGAUGCAAGGGCGGUACUGAUCGGCUAUCCUUCUGUGGGUAAAUCAUCGCUUUUGGGUAAGAUUACGACAACCAAGUCUGAGAUUGCUCAUUAUGCGUUCACGACGUUAACCUCUGUUCCUGGUGUGUUGAAGUAUCAAGGUGCGGAAAUACAGAUUGUGGAUUUACCUGGUAUCAUAUACGGAGCUUCGCAAGGUGCGGGACGCGGUAGACAGGUGGUUUCGACUGCGAGAACUGCAGAUUUGAUCAUCAUGAUCCUUGAUGCUACGAAAAGUGAGCAUCAGCGGGCUUCUCUGGAGAAAGAACUUGAGGCCGUCGGUAUCAGGUUGAACAAGGAGAAGCCCAACAUUUACUUCAAGAAAAAGGAGACAGGUGGUAUCAAAAUAACUUUCACAUCGCCAACACGUAGCAAUCUAACUGAAGACGCAAUCAAGCUGCUUCUUAAGGACUACAAGAUUCACAAUGCGGAAGUGCUGGUCAGAGAUGAUCAGUGCACCAUCGACGAUUUCAUCGACGUCUUAAAUGAACAGCACUGCAACUACAUCAGGUGUCUGUACGUAUACAACAAGAUAGAUGCCGUGUCCCUGGAGGAGGUGGACCGACUGGCCAGAGAGCCGAACACAGUGGUGAUGUCGUGUGAGAUGGAUCUCGGCCUGGACGACGUUGUCGAGGAGAUAUGGUACCAGUUGAACUUGAGCCGUGUUUAUACCAAGAAAAGAGGCAUCAAGCCAGAUUUCAGCGAUCCGCUCGUUGUGAGAAACAAUUCUACAAUCGGCGACCUGUGCCAUAGUAUCCAUAGAGAUUUCAAGGAGAAAUUCAAGUAUGCGUUAGUAUGGGGAUCUUCUGCAAAGCAUUCACCGCAAAAGUGUGGACUAAACCACAAGAUAGACGAUGAAGACGUAGUUUCCCUAUUCACUAAGUAA